UUUUUGCCCAAAAAUAGGCAAAAAUUAGCUGCGCAAAUCAUGGGUCAGCUCAGGAGAAUUUCUGGCAGUCAUGGACCUAAGAAAAAAUCAACAUUUAAAAGCAAAUUAAUGAGGAAUACAGGAAUAGAUACAAUAACAAAUAUCCCUAUUAGAUUAUCUAUUUGGCCACUAUUAUUGGUAACAUCUGUAACUUUCUUGACCGGUUUAACAUUUGUUGAAACGCAAAAUGCAUGCAGAGAUUGUACACAACGUGGAUGUUUUUGUGUUGGAGAAAAGGGGGGGAUGGGCCCUCCAGGACCGCAAGGACCGCCAGGAAUAGCUGGAAGUAGAGGAUUUCCUGGUCCUGAAGGAUUGCAAGGACCAAAAGGCCAGAAAGGCGCACAAGGGCCACCUGGACCGCCUGGACUGAAAGGAGAUAGAGGACCUAUUGGCGUGCCUGGAUUUUCUGGCAACGAUGGAAAUCCUGGAAGACCUGGAGAAACUGGUCCACCAGGACCACCCGGAUGGGAUGGUUGUAAUGGAACUGAUGGUCUUCCUGGUCUGCCUGGAAUGCCGGGACCACCUGGGUUGCCUGGAUUUCCUGGAACAGCUGGUCUAGAUGGACCAAAAGGAGAGCCAGCCAUUGGAUAUGCUGGUGCGCCAGGAGAAAAAGGAGAUAGCGGUGUUCCUGGUGUACCUGGACUUUCUGGCCCGCCAGGUAGAGAUGGUUAUCCUGGUGAAAAAGGAGAUAGAGGAGAUAUUGGACCAGCAGGCCCGCGUGGUCCCCCUGGUGAGGUUGGACUGCCUGGAAACCCAGGAAUUGGAAGUAUUGGUCCAAAAGGAGAUGAGGGUGAUUUAGGACUGCCUGGCCCUCCUGGACCUCCAGGUCCAAGUGAAUUCACCGGUCAGGCUGCAAUUAUUGGUCCAACUGGUUUUCCGGGAGAGAAAGGCGGAAAGGCAAGAGAACCAGGACCAAGAGGAUAUCCUGGCCAAGCAGGAUUACCAGGCCAGCCGGGAUUGUCAGGGAUUAAAGGAGAAAAAGGAUUGCCUGGCCCUGCUGGUCCUAGAGGAAAAGAAGGAAGACCAGGACAUCCAGGCCCACCUGGUCUUAAAGGCGAUCGUGGUGUUGACGGUAUUUCCGGUGUACCUGGCCCACUAGGCCAGAAAGGAGAACAAGGAUAUCAAGGAAGGGAUGGAACUAAAGGAGAAAGAGGCCCUCCUGGCCCACCUGGUGGUGGGGAAUUCUCUGAUGGACCGCCUGGACCACCUGGCUUGCCUGGCCGUCCCGGUCAACCAGGCCUGCCAGGAAAUGACGGUUAUACAGGCCCGCCAGGUCCACCCGGACCGCAAGGAUUACCUGGAGGUGUCGGAGUGCCAGGAUUGCCUGGUUUUGAGGGUGCUCCGGGAAUUAAAGGAGAGAAGGGAGAUUCUGGAAUUCCCGGAGCUCCAGGCAUUGCUGGACCGCCCGGUCUGCCUGGAUUAUUAGGACCGAAAGGAGAACCUGGUCCAAGAGGAACACCGGGCAUAGCAAUUCCUGGACUACAAGGCAAAGAUGGUCGUCCAGGAUUGGAUGGUGCUCCAGGAAGGAAAGGAGAGAUGGGAUUAACUGGAAUGCGAGGCCCACCUGGCGAUUCAUUAAAUGGGAUGCCAGGUCCACCAGGCUUUCCCGGAGCCCCUGGUCCAAAAGGAUAUGAUGGCCGUGAUGGUGCACCAGGUCUUCCAGGAAUCCCAGGAAUGAAAGGAGAACGUGGUGGUGAAUGUUCAAUUUGUUCACCUGGUGUCAAAGGCGAGAAGGGCCUUGCAGGUUAUCCAGGAUUACCUGGACCACAAGGUGAUCGUGGUCUACCCGGAAUGCCAGGAAUGGUUGGAGAUGCUGGCGAUGACGGAAUGCCCGGAGCAGUUGGCCCGGCUGGCCCACCUGGUUUGCCAGGAAGAGAUGGAUUACCUGGGGUACCUGGUCUAAAGUAUGCUCAGAUUUACUUAUUAUGUUUAGUUAAAUAUAAUUUUUACCCAACUUCAGAGGUGAACCAACACAAUUGCGUCUUCGACCAGGCCCACCCGGAUAUCCAGGGCCUAAAGGAGAUGGUGGAUUUCCUGGACCGCCUGGGCCAGAAGGAUUGCCAGGAAAAGAAGGCGCACCCGGAUUUCCUGGAGCGCAAGGACCUGAAGGACAAAAGGCAUGUAAAAAUGAAUAUCUGUUUUAGUAUUGGUGAGCCAGGAGCUUAUGGAAUCCCUGGAAAGCCCGGUCAAGAUGGAUUACCCGGCUUGCCUGGCACCAAAGGAGAACCUGGCUAUGGUCUGUCUGGAGCAGCUGGGUUGCCUGGACCAAAGGGAGAAGCAGGACUGCCAGGUGCACCAGGAUUUCCUGGACAAAAAGGAGAACCUGGACCGAUGCCGCCGUUAAAUUUAUUGCCAGCUGGAAAGGAUGGCCCACCCGGAUUGCCAGGCCUUCCAGGGUUGAAAGGAGAGCCAGGGUUCCCUGGUUUACCAGGUGCUGAUGGCCUUGCUGGCGUGCCUGGUCUACCAGGACAAAAAGGAGAACCCGGUUCUCCAGGAUUUCCAGGCUUAGAAGGACCGCCCGGACCUAUUGGAAUUGAAGGAUUGCCCGGUCAACCUGGCCUUCAAGGCUUGCCAGGAUCUAAAGGAGAAGCGGGCAGACCUGGUCAACUCGGAUUUACUGGACAGAAAGGCGAACCAGGACCUUCAAUUCACGGGCCUCCAGGUCCUCCAGGUUUUCCUGGCCUUAAAGGCGAUGCUGGACUACCUGGUCUUCCCGGACAGCCUGGUCUCGAAGGGUUUGUAAUAUUAAUCAUUACUAGGAUAACGGAAACUCAACAAUAG